CAUUGGUCGGCGGCUCAGGGAGGCGGGUGCUGUGUUUCCAUUGGUCAUUGGCGCGGAAAGGGGCGGGUCCCACGCUCUAAUUGGCAGCCGUGAUCAUACGAAGACCGGUGGCCGGACGCUGGCAGGGACUGCGCUUUAGGAUGGCGGCGGCUCUGGUUCUGUUGCUGGCGGUGCUGGCGCCCGGGGCGGCGCGGGCUGACCAGGUCCCGCUCCUGGCCUGGUCCAGCCGCAGUAAACUGUGGCCCCCUGCGACUAUUGGCUCCGAGGGCCAUGUGGUGACUGAGCCACAGCUACAGGCCUUGUUGGGUCCUGCCUUGGACCAGGGGCCUCACAAUGUCCUACUCUUCCUGCAGGAAAAGCUGAGCGUGGAGGACUUUACGGCCUAUGGAGGAGUCUACGGCAACAAACCAGACAGUGCCUUCCCCAACUUGGAGGGGGCGCUGUCAGAUGCAGGCUCAGCGCUCGUGCUGCCAGCGGUGGCAGGGGAAGCUGCGGGGGCAGUGCCGUUGCUGCUGCGGGAGCACCUAGGGGCCGGGCCCCUUCACGUCGACCCCCCGACCCUGCGCCAGCUGCGUCUUAAUGCCAGUGUCCCUGCCCUGCUGCUCGUGCGCCUGCCUUAUGCUACUGGGUCCAGCCUUAUGGCCCCCAAGGAGGUGCUGACAGGCAAUGAUGAGGUGAUCGGACAGGUGCUCAGUGCCCUGAAGGAAGAGGAUGUGCCCUACAUGGCCCUGCUGACAGCCCCACGCCCCUCACGGCACGAGUGCUGGGAGAGAACCCAGGCAUCCAGCUCUGCCUGCUGCCUCCCACAGGUGCUGCGGGAAGUGUUGGGCACAGUCCCUGGGCCCCUGGGGCGGCAGCUGCUGGAGACGGGGCCGGAGCCGGUGUACCCCCCCCUGCAGUUCCCAUCUGGCGCCUUCCCCCUCCUGCUGUUCUGGGCCCGGAACCUGUCAGUGGCGCGAGAUGGGGUUUGGCGGGACCUGACGGAUGCCACCUUUGGCUCCCAUGCCACUGUCAACCUGUCAAGAUCCAGUUGGGGCCCCACUGAGGCCAGGCUGGUGCUGAGCUAUAAGGAGGUUUUCAAUAGUUCUCUGACCAUCACGUCUCACAUGACCAACAAAUGGUUCCCGGUGUCCGGCCGGAACUGGUCGUCACUGGAGUGGGUGGAGAUGGUGGAGGGCGGGGCAGCGGCACCAGUCACCUUCAAUGCCUCGGGGGUCUCAGUCCCAGCCCUUUACUCCUGGCGCUGUGGCCUCCUGGGCACCAUGGGGCUGCUCACACCCCGCACCCGUCCCGACCCAGCUGCUGCCCACUGGCAGCUGCUGCUGCAUGACAUCCAGCUACAGGCGUUCAAUGUGACAGGGCGGCGCUUCUCCUACGCCAGUGACUGUGCUGGGUUCUUCUCUGCACCUGUAUGGAUGGGGCUGCUCCCAGGUGCUCUCCUGGCUGCUGUCCUGGCCUAUGGGCUGCAUAUGCUACUGGGCCUGCGUGCCAUGGACCGCUUUGAUGACCCCAAGGGGCCCUCUAUUGCUGUGCCCCAGACUGAGUAGGAGUCUGCUGUACCCAUCCAACCCUGCCCUGGGUUCCCUGACUCCCCCUCCCCCCUUCUCCUGUGCCAAAGUACUUGUAGCCUGGCACUGGGGUCCCUGAGCUCUCCUUAGCUUGGGGUCCCUGAUCGUCUUCCUAACACCCCAGCCCUUCUUCAUCUUGCUCUGGGAUCUGUGCCCCUUUGCUGCUCUGUCCUGGAGUAUCUGGUUCCUGCCUCUCAGCACUGGGGUUCCUGAACCCCUUGAGCUCAGCUCCGGGGUCCCUGAUUACCCUCCAGCUGCUCCCAGUUUGGGCCUGGGGUCCCUACAUGCCCUCCCCCCAGCUUAGCAGUCAGGGGUUCCUUUUCCCCUUCAGGUGCAGUCCCCGAUAAACUUCUUCCUCAGCAGCCCUAGUCUGGCUUUAGCAUUCCUGAUACCCUCCCAGUAUUCCCUGCCUGGGCCUGGGGUUCCUAUCACCCCUCCCCCCAGCAACCAUCACUUUAACAGUGGGGUUGCUAUUGCCCUUCAGUCCAGCUCUGGGAUCCCUGAUUUUUUUUUUUUUCCCCCUUCAGUAACCCUAGCCUGGCCUUGCUCCCCUCAAACACCCCUGGCCCAGCACUGGGGUCUCUGCCAUCCUUCAGCCCAGGUUUGGGUCUGUCCUUGUGUCCUGUGUUGUUGUCCAUGUCGUUUUUUUUUUCUCCCCCCCCUCCCAGCAACCAUAGCUUUCUUCUGGGGUCCUUGCUCUCUGCUGCAUCCUAAUCCUGGGGUCCCUCAAACCCCUCCCCACCCCAGCUCCUUACUGUUGUUCCAGGUGGGGCCUUGACCCCUUUCUUCCUCAGUGAUCCUACACCCUCUGCCCCUGCCCUUCCAACUGUGUCCUGGGCCUGUUGCUGUCCUUCCCACCUCUGGGCACCUAUGAGCCCUGUAAGGAACCUAGGUGUCCUACCUCUUCCAGCCACAGGCUUCUUCCUCCUUAAGUGAUAGGGGGACAGGGUGGUCACCCCAACCCCUACACCAUCCCUUCUGCUCUGGGGGGCUAGACCCCCCUCAUCUGUAAUCUGCCCUUGAUCCAGCUGCUAGGGGGGGCCCCUCUCCUCAGGUCACCCUCAGACCUGCCCCUUCCCAGUUAUUUAUUGCAUCCUUGUCUCUGUUUGGGGGUCCCCACCCCAUUUCCCUGUGUGUGUGGGGGAGGCACCCUAAUAAAUGGGGUCUGGUUGUA